AUGGGCGAGACGUCAGGUGUGGCCUCUUUAUUUCGGGCAUCCGCUGGCGGUCGGAAGCGUCGAAGCGGGGAAGGUGGAAGUGGUGACAGCGAGAGGACGACGACACCUCGAUAUGGAAGAGGUCGAAAGAGAAAUGUGGCUGUGGAACCGCUACCAAGCAACUAUACGGAGCUGCUGAUCUGUGGAUAUCUCGUGAAACUACCGCCAGAUAUACAGCCAUACACGACGCAACGAACGAUGAUUGCGAAAAUUCUUUUGAGCCUCAAAAACAUCCUCAAUGCCCUGAUCGAAAGCCCAACGGGCAGUGCGGAGUCCGACGACCUGGACAGUGCUCAUUCACCAGCCACAUUCAGUCACGAACCACUUGCCACCUUGGAAGAGGAGUUUGACAACGAUUUCUCCGUUGUUGGAUCACCUUUCGUCGCAAACAAGUCAAAAGCGAGUGCUUUGUUGGACGACAGUAAAGGAUCGAAGAAAGAUGCGAGUGAAGAAGGCCACACAUGUCUGCCACGUGUAACAAUAUAUUACGGGACGCGUACGCACAAACAGAUUGGUCAAGUGGUGAAGGAAUUCUCGCGAUUACCGUACGGUCGGCAAGGACAAAUCAGGCACACAAUCCUGGCAAGCCGUGAGCACAUGUGCAUCAAUCCAGCCGCACGUGCUAGUGCCGACAUCAAUGCAAAAUGUAAAGAACUGAUAGCUCGCGACGGGGUAGGCUGCUCGUACAAGCAUUCGAUGCGUGCGAAAUACGAGAGGCCCAGUGCAAUCAGGCGUUUGAUAUCACAAACUGUUGGCGAAGCGAAUCACAUCUGGGAUGUGGAAGAUCUUGUUGAAGCAUUGCGAUGCUCCACUCCUCCUCUUUGCCCGUACUUUUCCAGUGCUCGAGUGCUUAUUGAUGAUGCUGACAUUGUAUUUUGUCCAUUCACUUAUCUCAUUGAUCCAAUUAUUCGUGCCAGUGCAGGUCUGAGCUUAAAGAAUACGAUCGUUAUCCUCGACGAGGCGCAUAAUGUGGAAGACAUAUGCCGAGAGGCUGUCAGUUUUUCAUUUUCUGAGCGUGAAUUAGUCGGAGCUGCAGCUGAAUUCUGCCAGAAAGCAGCCAUUCUUGAUAAAGAGCUCGCAAAAGUGACUGCUAAAUCUGUAGCUGAAGAAGGGCUGCAUGCCGAGACGGAAAGCACUCGAACAGGACGAUAUCAGGAAUGCUUGGAAGAGAUCAAAGGCCACUUUAAAACGGUGAUAAAUUUUAUGAACAAAAUCUUGGACUGGUUUGUGAGCGUCUCGACGAAUACGCUGCAAAUGGACGCGAUGAAGAACGAUCGAUCAGCAUACACAUAUACAUGGGAGAAGCUGUUUAUGACAUUCAGCAGCAGUGAACUGGACAAAUUUGACAAGACUAGCAAAGGGACCCCAUACUCUGGUCUGCUCUGGAAAAUUGACUUAAAAAAGUUAUUUGUAUGUGUGGACAAGCCAUUCGUGUCGUAUUCACGCGCCAAUGUCCUGGAGACAACUGCGAGCUCCAUGUCCAAUAAUGAGGUGCUAGAUAUGAGCUGUUACGAUAAUGGCAAGGAAGUGUGGUUGGAUUCGAGGUCGCGAUUGAAAGGCUAUCGUGAAGUGAAAUGUGGCUAUCGCGCAUACAUAAGUGCAUUCAAAGGAUGCCGCAGUGUUAUUCUCGCUUCUGGUACUCUUUCUCCAAUGGCUACGUUCCGCACCGAACUUGGCACUGAUUUUCAUCAGGAAAUGAUUGGAAAUCAAAUUAUACCCAAAGAGCAAAUUUUCGCCGCUGUUGUUCCAGCUCUGGUGCUCAAAGAACCACGGCGUUCUUCAGCGAUGAACACUGUUAUGGUGCAGUAUGAAGAUGCUGUUAGCAGACCGGUGAAAUUUGGUGCUUAUUGUACUGGAGCAUUAAUGUUGGCUGUAUUCAGGGGCAAGGUAUCUGAAGGCAUUGAUUUUGCUGAUGAUCGAGCUCGUUGUGUUAUCACCGUGGAUUUUAUCUGGCGACCAGUGGUAUACAAUGCAGGCAUAUCGAGCCCUCAAUCAAGCACUGGGAAGAUUUUAUCUGGCGACCAGUGGUAUACAAUGCAGGCAUAUCGAGCCCUCAAUCAAGCACUGGGAAGGUGUUUGCGGCAUCGCUCCGAUUGGGGCUCCAUUCUGAUGCUCGACGAACGACUGCAGCAAACACGAGAGAACCCGAAUGCCACGAAGAUUUCUAAGUGGAUACGUGAGCAGCUGCGCCCGUUAGCUAGCUAUGAACACUUUAUCAGUGAGCUGACAAACUUCGUUGCCAAAAUGGAAGAAAAAGUUUUACAACAACCUACCGCUGCUGCUGUUGCUUCUGAUGAUACUCAACCUGCUGCUGUUGCUUGUUCUGACGAUGGUUGUGCCUUUUAA